UGCUUUGUGCAUAAAAAACGAUGUAGCUCGGCUUCUUUCCAGUUUCCCCCCAUUCCAACCCUACAAAGCCUAAAACCCACUCAGUCGAUUACUGCUUCUUCUUCCUAAAGCCGUUCUCUUCCAACAUUGCCAUGACCAACACUUUGGCAGCCGCCAACGUCGAACUAUCUCGCUGCGUUGCGGCUUCUUCCAGGCCCUCUUUCGAUAAACCCACCACUGCAACUCAACCUGCUUUUGGGAUAACCCCUUACCGCUGCUUCUCCCAAAGGUAUGCACCGCUUUCUUUAUCCCCGCAAGGACGAAAUAGCGUUUCUCACAGCCGCAUAAAUUCGAUGUCGAAGAACGAUUCUGAUGAAGCAGGUGGGCUAACGUAUAAGGAUGCUGGUGUUGAUAUAGAUGCUGGGUCUGAGCUUGUUAAAAGAAUCGCCAAGAUGGCACCUGGAAUCGGUGGUUUUGGCGGGCUUUACCCUCUCGGUGACUCUUACCUUGUUGCUGGAACUGAUGGUGUGGGAACCAAACUCAAGCUAGCAUUUGAGACUGGAAUCCAUGAAACUAUUGGGAUUGAUCUUGUUGCAAUGAGUGUCAAUGACAUUGUUACUUCUGGAGCAAAGCCAUUAUUUUUCCUUGAUUAUUUUGCAACGAGUCUCCUUGAUGUUGGCCUUGCUGAAAAGGUUAUAAAAGGCAUUGUAGAUGGUUGUCAACAGUCUGACUGCACUCUGUUGGGUGGAGAGACUGCAGAGAUGCCAGAUUUUUAUGCAAAGGGUGAGUACGAUCUUAGUGGCUUUGCAGUAGGCAUUGUUAAAAAGGAUUCUGUUAUUGAUGGAAAAAACAUUGUGGCUGGAGAUGUACUGAUUGGCCUACCUUCUAGUGGAGUCCAUUCAAAUGGUUUCUCUCUUGUCAGACGGGUUUUGGCUCGAAGUGGCCUGUCUAUAGAAAAUCAACUUCCUGGUGCAGCAGUUACAUUAGGUGAAGCAUUGAUGGCACCAACUGUUAUAUAUGUUAAGCAGGUGCUAGAUUUAAUUAGCAAGGGAGGGGUGAAGGGAAUCGCACACAUCACAGGUGGUGGUUUCACAGACAAUAUACCUCGAGUGUUUCCAAAAGGCCUUGGUGCUGUUAUUUAUAAGGAUUCUUGGGAAGUUCCAGCUGUGUUCAAAUGGAUACAACAGGCUGGAAAAAUUGAAGAUGCUGAGAUGAGGCGGACUUUUAACAUGGGCAUUGGCAUGGUUCUCAUUGUGAGUCAGGAGGCAUCUCAUAGAAUACUUGAAGAUGGAAAUAGUGCUUACAAAGCCUAUCGCAUUGGUGAAGUUGUGACUGGAGAAGGAGUGAGCUAUCACUAGAAAGUGUAGCUUGUGUUGUAACAUGUUGUGACAUAUUUAUUUCUCUGUUAAUCGGAACGAGAUGUGCACUUGAGGCUUUUUGGUUUGUCCCAUAGUCCAACUAGUGGACAAUGCAAGUUUCAUUUGACGCAGUUAUUCAUAGGUAAUAUGAGUUUGGAUAGACAAGUCGUGUGGAGUUCUCUAAAAAAUUCAUAAAAGGACUGAAUUAAGGUUGGCUCAGCAGGCUCUCCAAAAGUUUUCAUACAGUUGUAAAUCUGAGACUGCUAUAACAAGUCUUUCUUUCUUCAAUCAUCAUAAUGAUUUAUGCUUUUGAGAUCUUA